AUGUUCUCACUCUUCGAACUAGUUGGAAGUGACUGGAAAGAUAUAACCAAAGAUAGGUAUGAUGUUUCUAAACUUAAAUUCUUUGGAGAUAAUGAUAAUGAACUCAAGUCUUCAGAUUACUCAGUAACCAUUUUCUUCCUAUCAUAUGAAUUCACAUUCAAUAGUGAUGUUAAAUGUAAGAAGAUCAUGUUAGCACAUGACGAUGUAUGGAAACAUGAUGAUUAUACUGAGUUUGCAGAUAUAAAGUCGUUUUCAUUGGGUCUUACUUCCAACAAUUUCUUUGUCAAGAACCAGUCUGAUAAAUCAAAGAAGGUAGAUUUUAAACCAACAGCUGUAAAAACACCUACCAAGGUAACUGUUGACCUCAAUGCUACUCAAAGUACUAAUGAGUUUGACUAUACUGAUGACAAUGGUGUCGUCACAUUCAAACCUAAGGAUAACAAUGUAAUUAAUAAGCUUGUUCAAGGUACCACCGAUAUUUGGGAAGCUAAAAAUGAUGUCAAUGGUAUCUUGGUAAGGAUUAAGGUUUCCAAGGGAGUUAAAUUCCUUGUUGUUCUACUGGAUAAUAAUAAGUUUACAGUUUUCAAUCUGGAAGGUAAUGAGUGGAAGGAUGUAACAUCUAUGAGACAUGAUGUUACUAAACUUAAAUUCUUUGGUGAUAACGAUUUUGAGCUCAAGUCGUCAGAUUAUUCAGUAACAAUUGUUGAUCUAUCAUUUGCUCACAUAUUCAAUAAUGAAAUCAAUUGUAAAAAGAUUAAGUUAGGUGAUGAUGAGCUUUGGAAACACACUGAUGAUCCUAAGUUUGAGUCUAUUAAGUCAUUUUCACUAGGACUUGCAUCAAACAGUUUCUUUGCAAAGAAUCAGUCUAAUGAACUCAAGAAGAUAGAAAGGGGUCUUGAGCCUGAGGCUAUGGUUACUCCAACUAUAGCAAGUCAGGUAUCUGCUCCUCUAGCAUCGUCCGUAUCACGUCCUAAGGGAAACCCUGUUGGUGUUGAUAUAGAGAAUAAACAGUCUACUAAUGAAUUCGAUUAUACUGAUGAUAAUGGUGUUGUCACAUACACUCCGAAGUCUGGUAAUGUGUUCGAUAAGGUUGUUGAUGGUGUUAAGGAUGUUUGGCAAUCCAAGGAUGAUGUCAAUGGUACAUUGGUAAGGAUUAAGGUUACCAAGAAUAUUAAAUACCUAGCAGUCUUACUGGAUAAUAAUAUGUUCACAUUAUUCCAUCUUGAGAAUAAUGAGUGGAAGGAUAUAACCAGUCAGAGGUAUGAUGUUUCUAAACUGAAGUUCUUUGGUGAAAAUGAUACUGAGAUAACGUCGUCUAAUUAUACAGUAAACAUUGUGUUCCUAACAUAUGAAUUCACAUUCAAUAGUGGAGUUAAAUGUAAGAAAAUUAUGUUAGCACAUGAUGAUGUUUGGAAACACACCGAUGAUUCCAAUUAUUCAGAUAUAAAGUCAUUUUCAUUGGGUCUUUCAUCUAACGCAUUUUUUGUUAAGAAUCAGUCUGAUCAAUCAAAGAAGGUAGAUUUUACUCCGACACAAGCUAAGGCUACUCCUGUAACCAAAGAAGAGUCUAUGGUUACUCCAACUAUAGUAAGUCAGGUAUCAACUCCCUUGACAUCCUCCGUAUCAACUCCUAAGGGAACACCCGUAAGCCUUGACAUUGAGAAGACUCAGUCUACUACUGAAUUUGAGUAUACUGACAAGGAUGGAGUGGUUACAUACAAAGUGAAGUCUGGACAUGUGUUCAACAAGGUUACUAAGGGUACCACUGUCAUUUGGGAUUCUAAGGAUGUCUUUGGUUCAUUGGUAAGGACUAUGACUAUCAAUGGUGUUAAAUAUGUAGCCAUACUGUUGGAUAAUAAUAUGUUCAAACUGUUCAAACAGGAGGGAAAUGAGUGGACGGACAUAACCUCUAAUAGUCAUGAUAUUACCAAGCUGAAAUUCUUUGGUGAUAACGAUACUGAACUCAAGUCUUCUGAUUACAAGGUUGAUUUAGUAGAUCUAUCAUAUACCUACACGUUUAAUGAUGGAAUCAACUGUCGUAAGGUGAAGUUAGGAGAUAACGAGGUUUGGAAACAUACCGAUGAUACUAAGUUUUCAGAAAUCAAGUCAUUUCGACUUGGUCUUGUAUCCAACACUUUCUAUGUCCUUAAUGAUAAAAAUGAAUCCAAGAAAAUAGAUUUUAAGCCAACGCAAGCUACGGCUGAACUAGUCAGUCCCACUAGUGUUCAACAAACUUCAUUGGCCAUCCUAGCUGAACCUGCUCCACCAAAAGCUGCUGUGACAGUUAUUGCUCCUACUGGUAGACCUAGGCCUAAGAAAACUCCUGAGGUGGCUGCUGGACCUAGGACAGCUAUUACACUUGACAUAGGUGAUAAGGCAAGUAAUAGCGCUAUUGACUUUAAAGAGGAUUAUCUGAAAAAUGUUAUGGUAUUUAGUGCUAUGGACAAAUACGUGUUCAAUAAAAUCGUUAAGACUAGUAGAUCCAGCUGCUGUGGCUCUAAUUGCUGUGGCUCUAAUUGCUGUGGCUCCAACUGCUGUGAAUCUGAGACGGUAAUUUGGGAGGCCAAGAAUGAAAGUGAGCAUUUUCAUACAGUUUAUGUUGAUGGUCUCGGAACAUGUUCGAGUACUAAAAAUUUGAGUCUUCAUCUUUGUAAUGGGACCUUUAAGCACUUAAAAGAGUCUGAGUCUGGACCCUGGACUCCGUAUCCAGGCGUCGCAGAUCUUGAUGUUAAGAUUUCCAAUAGUAAUAUCCAAGUUGAUUACUUUAAGAAGGAUAACUAUAGGAUAUACGUAGCUAAACCCGGUUACACAAUCAGAAAGGUUAUGAAGAAAGACGCGAGUAUCUGGACUGCCCAAAACGAACACGCACUUAAGGUAGUGUUGAUGGGCUCUAAGAAAGAAACCAAACACCUUUCCAUACUGUUGAAGAGUGGCGGACUUACUCUUCUAUUCAAGGGUGGUAAGGAUCAGCCUUGGCAGAACAUAACCUCUAGCAAGAAUAAAAUUACUGAUCUGAAGAUGUAUGCUAUGGCUGAUGAUAAGAGCGUGGAGCUGCACAAGGGUCACUACUCCAUAACCUUGUUUAACGAAUUUUAUGGUUAUUUGUUCUAUGAAGGUGUUGGAUGUGUGAAGGUUACCCAUAAUGGUAAGAACAUUUGGGACCUGAGUGAGGAAGGUGACUUUGGUUGUUUGAAAGGAGUCUUCCUUGAUUUGAAAUCUAAUAAGUUUAACGUCAUGAAUGAUGAUGAUAGGUGCUGGGUAUGUGAACAGGUCAGGAAGGUUAAUCCUGUCAUACUCGACAUCAGCAGUAAAGCCAGUACUGACGACUUUGAUUUUACUGUUGAUCAUAACAGAAACAUUAACAUCUACACCUCCAAGGGUAACGCAAUGUUCUACCAGGUAAUUAAGACGAGUGGUUCGAAUUGCUGUGGCUCCACUUGUUGUGGUUCAGAGACUGUGAUCUGGGAAACGAAUGAUUCCAAAAAAUAUGCCACUAAGGUCUUUGCUGACGGUGUGGGUAUGUGUAGCAGUACCAAAAACGUGAGCAUAUACCUGUUGAAUGGUGAUAUCUUACACUUUGGAAAGGGUGGUAGGAAUGAACCAUGGAAGCCUUCCGAUAACAAAAUUACCCUUGACGUCGAUAAGACUUCGAGUACCAUUGGUUAUGACUUUGUCCAUCAUGGUGAGACUAGGACUUUCACUGCAAAGCCUGGAUACCAAUUCAAGACCGUAAUGCUCAGUAGCUCUUGGACUUGGCUAGUCUGUGGUUCCAGUUGUUGUAAGUCAGGAUGUCUUUCAGAUCAUAUUUUUUGGGAGGCGCAAACUGAUGAAGAGUGUUCAACCAAGGUCACUGUCUAUGGUGUCAAAACAACUGUUACUAACAUUAACAUAUUCCUUAAAAAUAAUCAGGUUAAGCACUACCACAAAGUCGACGGGGAGUGGGUCACGGAAACUAGCAUUGUUCUUAAUAUUGAUGUCAAUACAGAUAAUGACCUAUUUGAAUAUAGAUCAACCAGAAACUUCGGUCAUUUCAAUCCUAAGGCCAAUUUGACAAUCGAGAAGAUUGUGAAAACAUACAAAUCUAAUUGUUGUGUUUCAACAUGUUGUGGUCGUACCAGUUGUGGUUCAAUUGAUGAGGUGGUAAUCUGGAGUGCUAAACCGGAAGAUCACGGUCUCAAGGCAGUAUUGAUGGGUUCUAGUUGGGGUGAGAAACACCUGUCCAUUCUGCUGCAGAGUGGUAACUUCGUACUUCUUAGGAAGGUUUUUAGAAAUUAUCCAUGGAAAGAUAUCACUAAGGAAAAGAGUGAUUUCUCAGAUAUCAAGAUGUACUCCCUGGAUGAGGGUACAUCCAACUAUCGUGAACUCACUGAGACUGAUUAUGAUCCAAUAAUAUUCGAGUCUAGAUACGGCUAUGAGUUUAAUGAUGGUAUCAAGUGUGUUAAGAUCACAUACAAUGAUAAGUUACUGUGGUCACAUACUGAUGAUCCUGAGUACGGAUACCUGAAGGGUCUAUAUCUAGAUCUUCCCAAGAACCAGUUCAUUGUCACAAAUCUUAAAGAUCAGACAAAGGAAGUUUAUAUUACGUUCGCUCUUGAUAUAAAGAAGACUGAGGGCACACGUGAGUUUUACUACUUUAAGGAUGAUGAUUGUCAAAAAUACAGUGCUAAGUCUGGGCAUGUAUUCAACAAGAUAGUUGAUGGUACCAAGGUCAUCUGGCAAUCGAGUGAUAAUGUCUUUGCUAAUUUAGCUAGAUCUAAGUCCAGGGAGGAUGGGAAAUAUCUGGCCAUACUACUUACCAAUAGGAUGUUCAAACUGUUCAAGGAGGAGGAUAAUAAAUGGAAAGAUAUCACUAGUCAGAGGUCAGAUAUUACUAAGUUGACCUUCCUCGGAGAUAAGGAUGCUGAGCUCACCUCGUCUGACUAUACAGUAACCAUAGCAGAUUACUCAUAUCAAUUCAAGUUCAAUGAUGGAGUCAAAUGUAAGAAGGUCAUGUAUGGAGAUGAUGAUGUUUGGAAACCUAGUGACGAUCCCGAGUAUUCAGAAAUAAAGUCAUUUUCAUUGGGACUUUGCUCCAACUCAUUUAUCGUUAAGAAUCAGUCUGAUGAAUUGAAGAAAAUUACCAAAUCUAACGUAGCCCUGGACAUCAACAACACUGAGAGUACCAAUGACUUUGAGCACUCCGAGAGUCAUGACUUUCAUAAAUACACAGCUAAGUCUUUCCGAGUAUUUUCUAAGGUGGUACAGGGUACAAAGGAUAUUUGGGUUUCUAAUGAUGAUGUGUAUGGAACUUCGGUCGGGGUUAGGACUAAGGAUGAGCAGAAUUAUGUGGUUGUCUUACUUGACAAUAGUAGUUUCAAGUUGUUCCAGGAGUCUGGUGGUAACUGGACCGAUAUCACCUCAGGUAGAUUUGAUGUGACGAUGCUCAAGUUCCUUGGUGAGAAUGAUGAUGAUCUAACAUCAUCUAACUACACAGUUGAAUUACUCGGACAUCGCAGUUCCUUUACCAUCAGUUAUUUGUUCAAUAGAGGACCCAAGUGUAAGACCGUUAUGUACGGAAAUGAUAUUGUUUAUGACAAAAACUCGUUUUCGUGUUAUAAAACCAUCAACAGAUUUGAUUUUAAUCCUGUUUCAAACACUUUAUAUGCCGUUAAGAACAGUUGUGAUUGGAGAACAAUCGAUUUCAAACCUCCAACAACAAAGGGAGCUCCUGUAACAAAACCUGCCGAGACUAAACCUGCUGGGACUACAGCUGUUGAAGCCAAGACUGUUACAUUAACAUCUGCUGCAUCAACACCUACCAAAGUCACUGUUGAUAUAUCGAAGAAUGAGUCUACUAAUGAAUUUGAAUAUACUGAUGAGAGUGGUGUUGUCACAUUUAAACCUAAGGAUAACCAUGUAUUCGAUAAGAUAUCUGAUGGUACCAAGCUUAUUUGGGAAUCCAAGGAAAGUGUCUUUGGUACUUUGGUAAGGAUUAAGGUUACAAAGGGUGUUAAAUAUCUUGCCAUACUCCUCGAUAAUCAUAUGUUCACACUGUUCCAUGAGGAAUCCGGUGAGUGGAAAGAUAUUACUUCUAAGAGGUAUGAUGUCUCUAAACUCAAAUUCUUUGGUGAGAGCGAUACUGAGCUUAAGUCGUCAGAUUACUCAGUAAACAUUGUAUUCCUAUCUUAUGAAUUCACAUUCAAUACUGGAGUUAAAUGUAAGAAAAUCAAGUUAGCACACGAUGAUGUUUGGAAAGAUACCGAUGAUUCUAACUAUUCUGAUAUAAAGUCAUUUUCAUUGGGACUCUCAUCGAACACAUUCUUCGUUAAGAAUCAGUCUGAUAAAUCAAAGAAGUUAGAGUUUAAACCAACAGAAGUUACCAAAGUAACUCUUGAUAUCCAGAAUACCCAGUCUAGUAACGAGUUUGACUAUACAGACGAUAAUGGAGUGGUUACUUAUAAGGUGAAGUCUUACCAUGUGUUUAGCAAGAUUACUCAGGGUACCACAGAUAUUUGGGAAGCUAAGGAUGAUGUCAAUGGUACCUUGGUUAGGACUAAAGUUUCCAAGGGUGUUAAAUACCUUGUUGUCCUUCUUACUAAUAAUAUGUUCACAGUUUUCCAAGAAGAUGCUGGAGAGUGGAAGGAUGUAACAUCUAAGAGACAUGAUGUUACUAAACUUAAAUUCUUUGAUGAGAGUGAUCGUGAGCUCUCCAAGAAUGAUUACGAAGUAUCUAUUGUCGAUCUAUCAUUUGCUUACAUAUUUAAUUCGGGAGUCAGCUGUAAGAAGAUCAUGUUAGGAGAUGAUGAGCUUUGGAAACAUACCGAUGACACUAAUUUUGCAGAGAUAAAAUCAUUUUCAUUAGGACUUGCCUCUAAUAGUUUCUUUGUUAAGAAUCAGUCUGAUCAACUCAAGAAGAUAGAAAGGGCUCUUGAGGCUAAACCGGUUGAAGCUAAGGUUACUCCAACAAUAGCUCCUGUAACUGCAACUGUAUCAACUCCAUUAACAUCUGCUGUAACAACACCUACCAAAGUCACUGCUGAUAUUUCGAAGACCCAGACUACAAAUGAAUUUGAAUAUACUGAUGAGAGUGGUGUUGUUACUUACAAACCUAAGGAUGGUAAUGUGUUCGAUAAGAUAGUUGAGGGUUCUACUGUCAUUUGGGAAUCCAAAACUGACGUCUUUGGUACUUUGGUAAGGAUUAAGGUUACAAAGGGUGUUAAAUAUCUUGCCAUACUCCUCGAUAAUCAUAUGUUCACACUGUUCCAUGAGGAAUCCGGUGAGUGGAAAGAUAUUACUUCUAAGAGGUAUGAUGUCUCUAAACUCAAAUUCUUUGGUGAGAGCGAUACUGAGCUUAAGUCGUCAGAUUACUCAGUAAACAUUGUAUUCCUAUCUUAUGAAUUCACAUUCAAUACUGGAGUUAAAUGUAAGAAAAUCAAGUUAGCACACGAUGAUGUUUGGAAAGAUACCGAUGAUUCUAACUAUUCUGAUAUAAAGUCAUUUUCACUGGGACUCUCUUCUAACACUUUCUUCGUUAAGAAUCAGUCUGAUAAAUCAAAGAAAUUAGAGUUUAAACCUACAGAAACUAAGGCUACUCAGGUAACCAAAGAACAGACUGAAACUGAACCAGUUGAAGCUAUGGUUACUGCAAAAUCUGCUCCUGUCACAUCUGCUGUAUCAAAUCCUAAGGCAACACCUUCAACCGAUACUGGUACUAAGACACCAGCAGUCACACCUGUUGCUGUUGAUGUAUCUAAGACUCAGACUACUAAUGAGUUAGACUAUUCUAAGGAUGGUGAUUGUGAAAAAUAUACUCCUAAGGAUAACCAUGCGUUUAAUAAAGUAGUUGAUGGUAACACUGCCGUUUGGGAGUCUAAGGAUGAUAUCCGUUGUGCUUUAGUCAGAACUAAGUCUAAGGAUUAUGGAAAAUAUCUGGCCAUGCUCCUAACAGAUAAUAGUUUCAAACUGUUCAAACAAGAAGCUGGUAAGAAUAAGCCUUGGACCGAGAUCACCAACAAGAGACAUGAUGUUUCUAAACUUAAGUUCCUCGGUGAUAAUGAUACUGAACUCAAGUCCUCAGACUACACAGUAACCAUUGUAGAUUACUCCUAUGAAUUCACAUUGAAAGCUGGAAUCAAGUGUAUGAAGAUUAAGCUUGGAGAUGAAGAUGUUUGGAAACAUGACGAUGAUCCAAAGUUUUCAGAGAUCACGAAAUUUCAACUUGGUCUUAUAUCCAACAGUUUCUUCGUAGUUAAUAAUAAAUCUGAAUCAAAAAAACUAGAUUUUAAUCAGACUGAUGCAAAGGCAACUCCUAUAACAACACCUUCCAAGGUUUCUGUUGAUGUAGAUAAGACUCAAUCUACCAAUGAAUUCCAAUACUCUAUGGAUGCAAGUGGAUUUGUUACAUACACUCCUAAGACCGGGAAUGUGUUCAACAAGGUUUUGAAUAAAAAUACUGUCAUUUGGGAGUCCAAAGAUGAUAUCUGUGGUACCUUGGUAAUGUCUAAGACUGAAAAGGAAAAUGUUCAUCUAGCCAUCCUUCUUCAGAAUUAUAGUUUUGUAUUAGUUCAUAGUUCUGAUAAGGGUAAGAACUGGACUAAUAUCACCACCCAGAGACAUGAUGUUAAGAAGCUUAAGUUCCUUGAUGAUAAUGAUACUGAGAUCAAGGCAUCUGAUUACAAGGUCAAGUUAGUCGAUUUAUCUUAUCAAUACACAUUCAAUACUGGAGUCAAGUGUAAAAAGAUCAAGCUUGGAGAUGAAGAACUUUGGAAACACACAGAUGACACUAAGUUUGCAACAAUCACGAUGUUCCAUCUAGGUCUUAUAUCAAACAAUUUCUUUGUUAAGAAUUCCUCUGAGUUCAAGAAACUAGAGUUUAAAUCAACUCAAGCUAAGUCUACUCCACCGGCUACUCCAGCGGUCAAACCUGCUGGGACUACAGGUACCCAACCUAAGGCAGUGCCUACUACUAAACCUACUCCAGCGGCUAAACCUGCAGAACAGGCUAAACCUGCCCAGACACAGGCGAAACCUGAGGCUAAACCUGCCGAAUCAGCCAAGGCAGCGCCUACUACUCCAGCGGCUAAAUCUACCCAAGCUCAACCCGAGGCUAAAACAUCACAAGCAGAACCAGCAAAACCUGCCCAGACACAGGCUCAAGCUGCUGGGACUACAGCUGCCCAAGCUAAGGCUACUCCAGCGGCUAAACCUGAGGUUAAACAAUCUGAAGCUAAACCUGAGGCUAAACCUACAGGUACCCAGGCUAAACCACCAGCUAAACCUGCAGGACAGCCUAAGAAACCAUCUGCCAAGUAG